CACAGCUCUGUCAUAUCCUCAGAAAUGGCUUUCCUGUGGUUGGUAUCUUGCUUUGCUUUCAUCAGCGCAGCCUACGGCUGUGGCAUUCCUGCCAUCUCUCCCAUUGUCAGCGGCUAUGCCAAGAUCGUCAACGGUGAGGAGGCUGUGCCCCACUCCUGGCCCUGGCAGGUGUCUCUGCAGGAUUGGACUGGCUUCCACUUCUGCGGAGGCUCCCUGAUUAACGAGAACUGGGUUGUUACUGCUGCCCACUGCAGCGUUAGGACCAGCCACCGUGUGAUCGUUGGAGAGCACAAUAAGGGUGCCGCCGGUGAGGACAUCCAGACCAUGAAAGUGCAGCAGGUGUUCACCCACCCUCAGUGGAACGCCAACACCAUCAACAACGACAUCGCCCUCAUCAAACUGGCCUCCCCAGUCAGCAUGAACGCCCAUGUGUCUCCUGUGUGCCUGGCUGAGACCAGCGAUAAUUUUGCCCCUGGAAUGACCUGCGUGACCUCCGGCUGGGGUCUUCUGAGAUCAUCCGCUAUGUUCACCCCCAACGAGCUGCAGCAGGCUGCCCUGCCUCUGCUGUCCAAAGAUCAGUGCAAACAGCACUGGGGAAGCAACAUCUCCGACGUCAUGAUCUGCGCUGGUGCCAGCGGUGUCUCCUCCUGCAUGGGUGACUCUGGUGGCCCCCUGGUGUGCCAGAAGAACAACGUCUGGACCCUGGUGGGUAUUGUGUCCUGGGGUAGCAGCACCUGCUCCACCUCCACCCCUGCCGUGUACGCCCGUGUCACCAUGCUCCGUAGCUGGGUGGACCAGACCCUGGCUGCCAACUAAGUGGAAGUAACAGUUACAACUUAAAAGCCAACUAAUGUCACACAGACGGCAAUACCUCACUGCUGUAUAUACUACUGUG